AUGAGUACCGCCUGCCGCCGCCGCCUGAUUCGGGACUUUAAGCGCCUGUCCUCCGAUCCGCCAGGCGGCAUCUCUGGCAGCCCAUGCGCUGACAACAUCAUGGUGUGGAACGCGGUCAUCUUCGGACCAGCGGAUACGCCAUUCGAAGACGGCACCUUCAAGCUGAUCCUCACCUUCGACGAAUCCUACCCCAACAAACCACCCACCGUCAAGUUCCUCUCGCGCAUGUUCCACCCCAAUGUGUAUGCGAAUGGCGAGCUCUGUCUCGACAUCUUGCAGAAUCGCUGGUCCCCAACCUACGACGUCGCUGCCAUCCUCACCUCCAUCCAGUCAUUGCUGCACGACCCGAACCCCAACAGCCCCGCGAAUGCGGAAGCCGCGCAGCUGUAUCGCGAAAACAUGAAGGAGUACGUGCGUCGGGUCAAGACGACGGUUGAGGAGAGUUGGCUCGACCCGGAGGAGAAGGCUGCUAUCGACAAUGACACGGCUAUGGCGGAGUGA